AUGGUGGACACUCAGUUCGACCGUAUAGCUGAGUCAGAGCAGAGGGUAGCAGCGGAGCAUGCUAGGCUGGAGGCUGCUCGCGUAGAGAUAGCGCGUCAGAGAUCGAGGGUGACUCGAUUGGCCGAGAGGAUACGUGAUAGGAGUGCCGGUAUCAGGGCUGAUGCCGCGAUGAUGAUAGAUGAGGCCACGAGAAGGAGCCAUGGGAGACCCACUAGACAACACCCGGAAGCGGGUGGUGAUAGGGAACCCGAGGUCAAUCAAGACCAAGGGCAAGAAGGUGUGGCCGGAGACCAAGUGGCCACCGCAAUCAAUCGUAUCACUGAUGUCUUAGAGCACUUGACUGAACACCAAGUCUCUGGACCAGUGCAUCACCAAGGAGGUCCAGCCGAUUCCGAUGAUCGGGCACUGGAGAGGUUUCUGAAGUUCGGACCUCCCAAAUUUUAUGGAGGACCUGAACCGGAGGUAGCUGAAGGAUGGUGGAAGAGAAUCUCCGAUAUCUUUGCAGCUUUAAACUAUACGGAAGAGCGACAAGUAACUUUUACCGCAUUCCAGUUUGAGGGAGCCGCUCGCUCCUGGUGGAACCUGGAAGGUUUAGCUGCCGUGAGGAUAGACACUUUCGCAGAUGAUGUCGAGAGAGCCCAGAGAGUUGAAGUAGCUAGAGCCCAAGUGAAAUCUUUUCAGGCCAAGAAAAGAUUUGCUCCUAGCAGUAGUCGGGAGCCGGCAUCUGGAAAUGCUCCACCGGCCAAAAUGGGCCGAGGAACCAGUGGAGUGACUAGUCCUGGAGCACCACGAGGUGCUCAAGCAAGAGGAACCGGGGCAAGGAAUGCCGGGGGAAGAAAUAAUGGAGCUAGAGGAGGAUCGAAUGGAAGGGGACAACCUAAGAAUACCUCACUAGGAGGCCGAGCAAUAACUCCCCAAAUGACUUGUGCCUACUGCAAGAAACCUGGUCAUACUAUGGAUGGCUACUGGAAGAAGCAAGGAAGGUGCUUGAGAUGUGGUAGUAGCGAGCACCAAAUUUCAGGAUGUCCAAAAAUGCAGGAAGGGACUACCCCAAACGCUAGACCAAACACUUCUGGAGGAAGCCGGCCGACAGUUCCUGCUAGAGUGUAUGCUAUAGAUGACCACCCCGUACCUGAUUCCUCGGAAGUUGUGGAAGGUACACUCCCGAUUUUUCACCGAUUAGUUAAAGUGUUAAUUGACCCUGGUGCAACCCAUUCAUUCGUAAAUCCAUCUUUUAUGUCUGGAAUAGGUGUGAAACCUAUUAGAUUACCCUUCGAUCUUGAAGUUAGGACACCCAUGGGUAAUAAGAAUGUAAUCAAUAGCUUGGCUUAUAAGAAUUGUGAAUUCUGGAUUGGAGAGCGUAAGAUGCUAGUGGAUCUGAUCAGUCUGGACAUAAAAAGUUACGAUGUUAUAAUAGGAAUGGAUUUUCUAGGCCAUUAUCAUGCUAAACUUGACUGCCGAGUAAAAGUGGUGGAAUUUUGUAUACCUGGAGAAGCAACCCUGAGGUUAGAUGUUAAGGGUAGGUUAGCAUCAUCUACUAUGAUCUCAGGAAUUCGGGCAAGGAAAAUGUUGUCUAAAGGAGCGCAAGGUUUCUUAGCCUUCUUGAUUAACGCUCCCAGUGAUCAAGUGAAGUUGGAGGAUGUACCAGUGGUACAGGAAUUUUCGGACGUUUUUCCCGAAGAGCUAAAGACUCUACCGCCGGAAAGAGAAGUGGAAUUUAAGAUUGACUUGAUGCCUGGAACGGCUCCAAUUUCUAAGACCCCGUAUCGAAUGGCUCCUGCCGAGCUAAAAGAAUUGAAAAUUCAAUUACAGGACCUCUUGUUCGACCAACUGCAAGGAUCAGUGGUCUUCUCUAAGCUGGAUUUAAGGCAAGGGUACUAUCAGUUGAAGAUUAAGAGGGAAGAUAUACCCAAGACUGCUUUUAGUACAAGAUAUGGAUAUUUUGAGUUCGCAGUCAUGCCUUUUGGACUAACCAACGCACUAGCUGCUUUCAUGGACCUGAUGCAGAGAAUUUUUAAGAAGUAUCUGGACCAGUUUGUAGUGGUUCUCAUAGAUGAUAUCCCGAUUUACUCCAAGACUAGAGAGGAGCAUGCUAAACACUUAGAGGUGGUUUUGCAGAUACUAAGAGAACAUAAGCUGUAUGCCAAAUUCAGUAAGUGUGAGUUUUGGCUGACUGAAAUAUCUUUUCUAGGGCACAGAGUUUCUGAAGAUGGAAUUGCCGUGGAUCCGGCAAAAGUUAAGGCCGUUAUGAAUUGGAAACAGCCAGAGACUCCAACUGAAGUUAGAAGUUUCUUGGGUUUAGCAGGUUAUUAUAGGCGGUUUAUCCAGGAUUUCUCUAAAAUUGCAGGACCUAUGACUGAGCCAACCAAGAAAGGGACUAAGUUUAUUUGGACUCUGAAGUGCGAGUCAAGUUUUCAGGAAUUAAAGAAGCGUUUAACAUCCGCUCCUGUUUUGGUAUUACCUGAUGGAGGAGAAGGUUAUGCCGUAUACUCUGAUGCUUCCAGAGAAGGUCUAGGAUGUGUCUUAAUGCAAAUGGGAAAAGUCAAUGUGGUAGCUGACGCUCUAAGUAGGAAGGCCCAAGUAGCAGGGUUAAUGGUAAAAGAGUGGGAUAUGUUAGAAGAAAUAAGUGGUUGGAACCCUCGCUUGGAGAAAUUGAAGGUUUUACUUGGGAACUUAUCAUUGAAGUCACCGUUACUAGAGCGUAUUAAGGAGGCCCAGAAAACGGACCCUACGAUUCAGAAGAAUUUGGAGAAAGUGCAAAAAGGGGAAACCCUAGACUUCAAAUUAGGGUCUGAAGGGGUAUUGAGGUUUCGAGAUCGAAUUGUGAUUCCGGCAGAUGAGGAGUUAAGGAAAGGAAUUCUAGAAGAAUCACAUCGGUCGAAGUAUACUAUACACCCAGGUGUGACCAAGAUGUAUCAUGAUGUGAAGGGAUUAUACUGGUGGGAAGGUUUGAAAAAGGACGUGGCAGCGUUUGUACAGAGAUGCUUGAUCUGCCAACAAAUAAAAGCUCAACAUCAGAAGCCCUCUGGUUUAUUGCAACCUUUAAAAGACAUGGAUGCUAGCAUUAUGCAAGCAACUGUAUCAUUGUCCAUAUGA